AAGUCAAAAAGCAGAGCAAUUUCAUCAUCGUUCCCUCAAAUGGGUUCUGCCAAUAUUUUCUUGCUCUCUCUUCUCUCCCUUGCAUUUUCCCACUAUCUUUGUGUUGCUGGAGACGCCAAUCUGAUCCUAAACACAUGCAAAAGCACCAAAUAUUACGACCUUUGCCUGUCGUGUCUCAAAUCCGAUCCAACCAGCCUGAAUGCUGAUACCAAGGGGUUGGCAGUCAUCAUGGUCGGGAUCGGAACUGCCAAUGCCACUGCAACUUCCUCGUACUUGUCUUCUCAGUUGCUUGGCACUGCCAACGACACGAUCAAGAAGAAGGCCCUCAAGGAGUGCUCUGACAAGUAUGCCUACGCUGCCGACGCUCUCCAAGCUUCUGUCGAGGAUUUGGGCGCCGACUCCUAUGACUAUGCUUACAUGCAUAUUACUGCGGCUGCAGAUUAUCCAAAUGCUUGCCACAAUGCCUUCAAACGGUAUCCGGGAUUGGCUUAUCCGCCGGAGCUUGCACGUAGAGAGGAUGGUUUGAAGCAUAUUUGUUAUGUUGUUCUGGGAAUUAUAGAUCAUCUCGGUUGGUGAUUGCCUUCCUUACAUAAUAAUGCAAGUGUCAUCUACUUCCUGUUUAAUUUUCUGUAUGUAUAUAUAUGUCAAUGAUCGAUUUCCAAUGUUUA